AUGGUAUAAAGAAAAGCGAGUAGAAAGUCCUAAAAUGGACCCCAAGUCUCUGGAAUCCCUUAGAGAAUGCAAACUGAAUCUCCUUGAGAUUCUGGAGGUUCAGUCACGUGAUUGGACAACUGAAUAUUAUAAACAGCUGAUCAAAAGGGCAGGACAUGAGGUGAAAUUGAUCAUUACAACAACAGCUAACUACCUGCUGCAACUAAAAGAGGAGCUGAAGGAUUUGAAGGAAAUUCUCCGGAAAUUGAAUAUCAAAAUGGCGGAGGAUGUACUGGGGAUAGUGGUGAAAGGUUUAUUUACAGACGGAGAAACUCUAGAAACCAACGAAAAAGAUGAACUUAAAAGUCUGAAAAGUGAUGAAUUCCGUUUUGAGUACGGAGAAGCGGAUACUCUUCAUGACAGACAAGUGAAUAUAAAGUUGAAUCUUGAUAUCAAAAAGUCUAUCAUACAGACCAGGGAGAUCUUGGAUGAAGUGGAUGACGACAUUAUGGUAAACACCACAGCUGUUGAAAAGCUGGAAGAUUUCAUCCAGAAGUGGGCAGAGAAACUCAUAGAAGAGGAAGUGGCUGACAAACCUAGAGAAGAGGAAGAAGAAGUGGUUGUAAAUAAUGAAGAGGAAUGUGCAGAAACUAAGGCUGAACAAGAGAAAGAAAAUCAAGAAGAGCAUAGAGAUGAAACUCCACAGGGAGAAGAGGCAAACCAAAUCAGUGAGAGCACAGAAGUGGAAGAGAUUCAGAAAGAUGACAGUGUUGGUCCUCACAAUGAUGAAGAAAUGAAGAGCAACACAGAAGAAAACCAGACCAGUGAUGACAUUGACAAAGACAUUCUUAAAUCAGCGGUCGAAGAAAAUGCAAUUGAUGACAAAAAAUUAAAAGGUAGAUCCAGAACACUGACCUCAAUGAAAACGGAUAAACUUGAUGCCAUACCGGAAUCAGAUGAUGAUGAAAAAGAAGAGGACGCGGUAGAUAUUGAUGAAAAGACCAAUGCAGAGGACGAUGGAGAUGGUGAAAAGCAAUAUUCGCAUGUAAAAGAUGAAGAUGGUGCAGAUAUAUCUAAAGAGGAAAAGGAUGAUAAGGAAAACCAAGAAAAGAUAGACAGUGAUGAUCAGGAUGAUGACAUAGAAUCUCAGAUGAUGAAAGAGUUACAAGAGCAGGAGGAGCAGAAAUUUGAGGAUCCUUUUCCAGAAGAGGAUUGGGACACCUUUGUGUUUCAUCAAACAUUAAAUCAAUCCGAAAAUCAAGAUAAAGAAAUCAUAUGUGUUGUCACUGCAAAACGCGAUAUGCUGAGACGAAAUGAUGUUAAGUGUUUUAACUCUCAUGAUCCAAAUGACUUAAGAGAAUGUUUGAGGAAUAAGCACGAAAAACUGUUGUCCUUUCUUGUAACUGUGAGCUUUGCAAAAGAACCAGUUGAUAAGAAUGAAUGUUUCGUUUUUGUCCCAUACCAUGAACCCUCGGAGAAAUUAGAUCACGUGAUCAGAGUUCGGUCACAUGAUGGUCAGUGGACAGAUUUACCUCCUCGUGACAUUUCAAAGCUUAGAGCAGUUCCGGGGAUAAAUUUCAGUGGAAUCAUGAUCCAGGGAAAGUUUCCUAUCAGACUGGUAGUUGUUGCACAUGGAAGACUCGUUCAAUAUAAUGUUCCAGAAGGAGGAAUGGCAGUAGAACCGACAAACGACAGAAACAUAACACUUCUGAUAUCACCGGCAACAUUCAGAAAAAAGACCCACAUCUCCUGUUUUGCAGAUGAGAUUCCUCCAGAAAAUCUCAGGACGUACAAGAAGCAGAACUUGGAGAUUAAGAAUGUGGCAAGUGUUCGUGCAAGGUUAUACUUAGUGUGUGAAAUGUCAACUGAGGACGAACUGUCUGUGAUAUUUUAUGACCUCCUCAGAAAAGAAAAUGAAGCAUCUGGAGAUGAGGAAUCUGAUAAUCUGCCAUAUUGUCAAAAGGAGGCUCUUAGCAGGUGCUGGAGACAGCUGGUGAAUGAACUCACAAUAGAGGAACUGGUUGAAAGGAUGGAAGAGUGGGGAAUACGAACUAAAGUACAGCUUGGUGGAGAGCAGUCCAUAGGUGUCCAGUUUUCAAUCAGUCAGAAAAUUGAGAAUGAAGAAACAUUGGGUGACAAGGCUCGUCUGAUUCUGAAAGAGAUCGAGAAGUGUACGUUAGAAGAUUUUAACAGUUUUAUUAUUUGCCUUCGCGAGUCCAAUCAACCACAUCUCGCUAAACUCCUCACGGAUACGGUGGAGAGAAUCAGGAAAGAGCCUAAAACUGCUAGUGCUGUUAGACGAGGCAAAACUAACAUGAAGAUUCUUGUACGUCGAGAUAACGGUCCAUGGGUACCCUCUAGUCCUGUGGUUAUCCCCGAAAGGCCAGAUGAUCUCGUGGUCGUUCUACCCCCAGAAGGAUGUGAAUUCCAAAUAGUGGUUGUGAAUCUGUCAGGUCAAAUCAUGAAGCGAGAUCUAUGCAAUUUCGCCGACGACAUCAUUAGUAAUGCUAGUGAGAGUAGUACGUCGUUGAUCUGCAGACAACAUUCAACUCGUCCAGAGAAAAUUUCUAUCCAGUGUGUUCGUGAGGAAGAGGUUGACUCCAGAAUAAGACACUUAAAGGACCAUGGGUACACACAGGGAAUGCAGGAAGACAUUCGAUUUGGAAUGUGUGAUGGUGAAACUUUGGAAAUUACCUUUGAUCUCAACAUAGGUCUAGUGGACAUUGGUGAGGAUGGGAUUUUAAGACUCCACUACUUCGCUUACCUCGACACUGCUAAAAUGAUUGGAGAUUUGUUCCUAGUGGACGAGCGGGCCCAGUCUCAGGAACCGUUGUUCUCUGGAGAUCUUCAUUACAAUGUUGGUUCUAUCAAACAACGGCCCCCAAGAACAGGGUGUGUUAGGAUCACUCUUCCUAAGUCAGCAGCACCAUAUAUUGACAGAACACCUUUCCGGAUGCUUCAUGUUCAGGUUAUCGCCCUUGCUAAAUAUAUCGGUUUCCGGAUCGGUGCUCUUGGCAGAGAUAGUGUCCUCCGCUUUGUUGAAUCAUUGGUUCAUGACGUAGAUCUGCGCAGGCGCCUGUACGUUAAAGUACGUCGAGUUUGUAGAGGAAAAGACGACAGAGCACGAUGUGAGAUGUUUAUCAUCAACUGGGCUCGGCAACGCCUAAAAUUCGAAGAUAAAGUUUUUAAACCAGACAUACAGUGCUCUUGUAUACUGGUACGUACAGGCAUCCUCUGUGACCAUUAUUUGCAAAAAAUGUCGGAAUUCAUAGGAGAGGAAUGGAUAACUUUGGGAAGAAAACUCUGUAUCCCUGAUCGGGACCUAAAUCUUCUUAGAAUAGACUAUAAAGACAAGGCAUUGAGAAAUUUCAAACUCUUGGACACUUUCAGAUUUUCUCGAAUCGCCAUCGAACAAGGAACCAGCGUGAUCCGGUUUUUGCUGCGGGCCAGUAAGAGUGCCGGGUGCAGCGCUGGCUUGAUCACUUUUAUUCGGUACAUCGCGGGAAUUUUCAGAGAACUCACCUUCAUGAGGCCUCAGAGCUGGAUGAGCAUGAGUUCCGCUAUGCCAUCGGUAGAAAUCACGUAAAAA